AUGGAUCGCAUUCUUGAGCCAUUCAGAAAUAUAAUUUCCUUCUUGUUUGGUAGAGGGCUGACUUCGAAUCCUACAAAGGUGAAAUUGUUUUUCGCAUGUUUAUGAGAUCGAGAUAUUUAUUUACUUUCUCUCUCUGAUCGAUAACUUCAAGACGUUGUUUAUUAUGCGGUUUUAUCUUUAGUGCUCGUCUACCAAGUGGAACCACGGCUUUUUUCGGAAUAGUGCGAAGCUGUUUUUUUCAUUUGAUUUCUAGAUAUCUUUAUCUGAUGUUGACCUCACAUCUGAACAAGAAGAAGAUGUGGGUAGAAUUUUGGAGGCUUACAAAAAUCCUCUCAAAGUUCAGCAAUUUAUUCUAGAAGGUGUGCCAAACGAUUAAUAUUAAUUAAUAACAUUAUUGCAUAUUAUUCUUGUGAAAAUUGAAAAUACCGAAGAAACAGGAUAUACUGUUACUCCCCUAAAAUUAGUUCCCAUAUGCUUGUCUAUCACAAAGUAGUGCUCAGCAUUUCAUGUGGCUUUCCUUACAGUUCAUUCCAGACAGGUCAUCUGGGUUAUCAUUAUCAUUGUCAACAUCAUUAUGGCCACCGUCAUCAUUACCACAAUAGACCCAAUUUUUGAUUCUCCCAUAUUAUUGUCUGCUUAAUUUUAAUAAGCAAUAUUUCUUGCUUGAUUACUUACUAUUGAUGUGAAUUGAUUGAAUAUAAUGUUGUUUUUCUUUCCCAAGGUAAACAAAUUUGUUCAAUUCCAAUUCAGCUUUGCUCCUUCUCAAAUCUCCAAAAAAUCAUAUUGCGUGGGAAUCAAUUGACUGAUAUUUCUUGGUGGGUAAUUUACCUCAAACAACUCAAAGAGCUUGAUUUAUCAUUUAAUGCCUUGGUAAGUACCCAUCUAAAGUAAUUAUUUUGAUUUAUUUAUGGGCUAUUCAUUAGUUGCAGUAGUAGCUAAUAUUAACAAUUAAUGUUGAUGAGACUAAGCUUUAUCGCCAAGCUCCAAAAGGGAAACAAAAAAAUGCAUUAAUGUCAGUAUCUGAGCAAGUGUAUCACACCUACCCCUCCCCUAAGCCGUUAUCAAGCCUAACUUUUUAUCACUUGAGGGGAGGGGUAGGUAUGCAGUUGCUCAGAUACUGAGGUUUAUCCAAAAAAUUGUUAGUGACUGUGAUAUGUUAAAGUGCCUAUUAGCUGUGUCGGGUCAGGCUGGACAGGAAGGCAUUUCACUCAUAGUUAUACUGUGUGAAUGGUAUUGAAUGGUAUACAUCACCCACCAGCUGGGUAAUGUAUUCAACAAACUUGCAUGUUUUUCAUUUCUGAGAGUCAAAGGGCUUUUGUUCCUCUUUCUUCUCUAGGAAAGUUUUCCAAGAAUCAUUGCAUAUAUUCCAACCCUGGAAGUUCUUUCAGUCAGGUACUAACAAUGCAAUUCUAUUUUAGUCCACACAUUUUUUCUGUUCUUAAAAAGUAAUCUAUUUGAGAAUCUUGCUUUAACAUGGUUGUUGUUUGAAAGGUUUUAAAAAAACCAAAGGGCAUGAAGUGCAAGAAAUCGCAGAUAAGCAAGACAUUAGUGGUAUUAGCUUUGAGUCUGAUUGGUUAAGGAGGUGGCCAAUCACAUAGCAAGUUGGAGUACAACCAAAGUAGCCUCAGUUUACUUUUGACACUCAAUUGAUAAUUGCCUCAAACAUGUAGAAAAAAAUAGUUAUGUAUCAUCAUAAUCAUACAAAUACCUGCAUAAAGAAGGAGAUAUCCAGGAGGUUUAAUUACUCUUCCAUAAGCAGCUGCUACUAGUGUAAUAGGCAGCUGUGCCCAAAGAGGGGAUGUAAGGCAAAAUUCAGACACAAGAGUCUGCUGGCUGGCUAAACAGCUGGUGGUAAGAUGUCUCAAAGGUGGCGUAGACAACUGGUAACCAGCAAUUUUUCCAACUUAGUGUUCGCUUUGCAAAAUCCUAACAAUCAGUGUUUAAUUUGUUUCCUUCUUGCAGGGGCAACUAUAUAACUUAUUUGCCAACAGAGCUUCUCAAUUUACCAAGUUUAACAAGUCUUGAUGUUCGAGAGAAUCCUUUAACAUCACCUCCAUCAGAAAUUGUAGAACAAGGGUUACAAUCCAUUUUCGAUUACUUAAAAAAGAGGAAGACUAGGAGAAACCUGUUUUGCAACUUCAAACCGUGGUUUUGCGAGGACAAAGGCCCUGUUAUUGCUGAAGUAUCUACAUUGUUUGAACUCUCUAUCAAGUAAGUAUUACUUCGUCGUGUUAAAGAAUUUGUACGCAUUUCUGUUCUUUUGAAAUCCUUUAACCCUAAGAUUGACAUGACAAGCAAUUAAUUUCUCCUUACAAUAUGACCCCUGAAUCAAAAAUUGAAGGUUACGAGAAUUAAGGAAAGGAUCACCAACUAAAGAAGCUCUUAAUGGUGAAACAAACUCUUCUUGUCAGCCCAGUAGGACAUGUAUAGAGAACAGAAUCGUGAAUAUGCAUAUGUUAGUAAAACAAAGCGUGAUAGUAAAAGCGAGGGAAGUCUGGGUCGGGUGCAGGCGUUUUACCCGACCCGACCCAAACCCUUUCGUUUUUUCACUCUGUCGCUACCAUUGCGCUUCGUUCUACUGACUGAACGCCUGGAACAGGGUAGACUUUUUUCUCAACUUUAUAAGUCCUUGCAAGUCUCUAACGAAGACAUGACUAGGCUGUUUAUACUUUCAGGUGUAUUCUUGAUUGUCAUAUCGACUUUCUCAGUGCAGGACACUUACCACCGCGACUGAAAUCAAAUCUCGAAGAGAACAGGAAGGAAGAACAAAGCUCUAUUUUUAUUUGCAAAUGCAACAUGUGCAAGAAGUAUUUCUCCAAUAAGUUUAGAUUUGAAAUCCACGACUGCUCGGUAGUUCAAUAGCCAGCGGUAUCCCUCUGGCCCUAACUGGUUACGUUAACUUAUUUUCGUAAGCAUUUAAACAGUAUAUUGCAAACAAAUUUCUUAGGCUGACUGGUUGGAAAUCAGAGAGGAAACAUUUUGUUUUAUAGCAGAGAAUCUAUGUAGCCCUGAAAGAUAUGACGGUGCUGCCUAAAUUACUUUGAUAUCUGUUGGGGCAUGAAUAGCCUACGGUCAGGCCCUCAUUAUCAGAGCUUCAGGGCGCGCGUUUCUUCAUCUGCAAGAGCGUUUAGGCUUUGAGGAACGCUAGCCAACGAUAGGUCUACAAGUGGUCCGUCACUGAUGAUUUUGAAUUAGUCAGACCCCGGCAAACUUCUCCCCUACUCGACUCAAAUUCUCCCGUGGGCAGAGAAACGCUUUUCCUAUAGCGCUAAUAAUGAUGGCUGCCUGCAGCCUAGACCAGGAACACUAUUAUUAUUUUGUGGUAUUAAAAGCCUCGCAAAAUACGUCAGAGAGAUUUGAAAGCAGCUUUGUGAAUACAGUUGUUUCUCCUGUUUUAUAUGAAAUUUUACGCGGGAAAUUGGCACGCGGCAACACAGCGGUCAAACAUUGGGCAUGCGCAAGGGGAUAAAUUUUACUUGGCCGCGCGCUCAAUCUUUUUGUGCUUCUACACGCCAAC